AAACUAAUAAUAAUAGUAGUAAUUAAGCAACAAUGGCAGCAUUGCACUUUGUCUAUUACUCCCUCCUCUCACUUGCUUUGUUGGUAUUCACUCUCAAUAAGCUCUUGUUCAGAAAAACAAGCUCCUUGAACCUUCCACCUUGUCCACCCACCAUUCCGAUAAUCGGCAACCUCCACCACCUCAAGUCCCCAUUCCACCGCUCCUUCCACGCCCUAUCACAAACCUACGGCCACAUUUUCUCCCUUUGGAUUGGUUCACAGCUUGUUGUUGUUGUCUCCUCCCAAACCCUAGCUCAACAAUGCUUCACCAAAUACGACAUCGUUUUAGCCAACAGAGCCCGUAACCUCGUCGGAAAGCACCUCUUUUACGACUGCACCAGCUUGGGCUGCUCCUCCUACGGCGAUCACUGGCGGAACCUUCGCCGCAUUGCCACCACCGAGAUCCUCUCCACGCAUCGCAUCAACUCCUUCGCGGAAACACGCAAAGAUGAAACCCUGAGAGUCAUAAAGAAUUUGGUUGAGCAAACCUGCACGGAGUUCACUAGGGUUAAAUUGAGGCCAUGGCUUUCCAAGAUCUCGUUCAACAGCAUGAUGAGAAUGAUCUCCGGGAAGAGGUACUACGGGGACGAUGAUAGCGGCAAUGACGUGGCGGAUACCGAGGAAGCCAUGAAAUUCAGGGAGACCAUCGCGGAGAUACUGUCGUUGAUAGGUGCAAGCAAGGUGGUUGACUUUUUCCCGUUACUACGGUGGUUUGACUUCGACGGUUUGGAGAAGAGGCUGAAGAGGGUUAACAAGAGUGCCGAUAAGUUCUUGCAGGGUCUAAUUGAUGAGCACCGUAAUGGGGAGCAUAAUAAGAAAACCAUGAUUGGGAAUCUCCUAACUCAGCAAAAAUUGCAGCCUCAGUACUACUCUGAUAUUAUCAUCAAAGGGCUUAUUCAGGAUAUGCUGAUUGGUGGAACGGACACAACAGCUGUGACUAUGGAGUGGGCACUGGCUGCUCUAUUAAAUCAUCCGGGAAUCUUCAAGAAAGCAAUGAAUGAAUUAGAUACCAUGGUAGGCAGCGAUCGUUUAAUAGAUGAGUCAGACAUUCCAAAUCUUCCAUACCUUCAAAACAUUAUCUAUGAGACACUUCGGUUGUACACUCCAGGCCCAUUGCUAUUGCCUCAUGUAUCUUCUGAUGAGUGCAACAUUGAAGGAUUCACAAUUCCACGUGGCACUAUAGUAUUGACUAGUGCAUGGACUAUUCAUAGAGAUCCUAAAAUUUGGGGUGAUGAUGCCGAAUGUUUUAACCCUGAGAGGUUUGAAAAAGAUGGAGAAGCUAAUAAGCUACUUGCUUUUGGAUUGGGAAGGAGAGCUUGCCCUGGAUUAGGGUUAGCGUAUCGUACAAUGGGCUUAACUUUGGGAUUAUUGAUUCAGUGCUUUGAAUGGAAAACAUUAGUAGAGAAUGAAGAGAUUGAUAUGAGGGAGGAUGAAGGAGCAGCCACACCAAAAUUAAUUCCAUUGGAGGCCAUGUGUAAAGCACGACCAAUCGGCAGCAGGAUCAAGAUAUAAUUAAAUUUAUUGUUAAUUAUAAGAUUUUAUUAUUAUAUGUUUUAAGGACAUAAAUUAAAUAUAUUAUAAGAAAA